CUGAGCGGAAGUAGAGGGCCUCGGAGGCUGAGAAGGUGGAAAGCCGAGGUGUGAGGAUGUGAGCUGCGCCGCUGGGCUCGUGGGGGGUCGUGGGGAAAGGCGCCAGGCGGGGGAACUCACUCGAGAGGCGCUUUCCUGACCUGGGGCUCGGGCUGCCGCGUGCGCCUUGAACGGGGCGAGGCUGUGGCGGGGAGAUAAUUCAGCCUCAACUCCCUCCCUGAACUCAGCAUGGAGGAAAAGUCAGAGAGCUGUAAGGUUCCAGAAGAUCUGUUCAAUGAUUUGAAAGUUACAGAUUGUCAGGAAGCAGAGUCUGCCAGCCCUCCUGAUCCCAAAGGUCUGAGUUCCCAGAGCAAGCUGCUCAAGGAUGAUGAGGCCCUUGCCCAAGAGGACCAGGGAGAGGAAGAGUGUUUUCAUGACUGUAGUGCCACGUUUGAGGAGGAGCAGUCAGGGGCCCAUAAGAUUGAGAACAGUGCUGGCAAUGAUUCGAGUUCCUCUGAACUAGACGAGGAAUACCUAAUUGAACUGGAAAAAAACAUGCCAGAAGAAGAGAAGCAGAAAAGAAGAGAGGAGAGCACUAAACUAAAGGAGGAGGGAAAUGAGCAGUUUAAGAGAGGAGAUUACCUAGAGGCUGAGAAUUCUUACAGUCAAGCCCUUCAGAUAUGCCCAUCCUGUUUCCAGAAAGACAGGUCGGUUCUGUUUUCAAACAGAGCUGCUGCAAGGAUGAAACAGGACAAGAAGGAGAUGGCCAUCAGUGACUGCAGCAAAGCAAUUCAGUUAAACCCCAGCUACAUACGUGCAAUACUGAGGAGAGCAGAGUUGUAUGAGAAAACAGACAAACUAGAUGAAGCACUGGAAGAUUACAAAUCUAUAUUGGAAAAGGAUCCAUCAAUACAUCAAGCAAGAGAAGCUUGUAUGAGAUUACCUAAGCAAAUUGAAGAACGCAAUGAAAGACUAAAAGAAGAGAUGUUAGGUAAACUAAAAGAUCUUGGGAACUUGGUUCUACGACCUUUUGGGCUCUCCACAGAAAAUUUCCAGAUCAAGCAAGAUUCUUCUACUGGCUCCUACUCCAUCAAUUUUGUUCAGAAUCCAAAUAAUAAUAGAUAACAGAGAUAACAAUAGUUUUAACAGCUGGCUGAGGUUCUGUGCUGUUUGCAGAGGGCAAGACCCUGCCAAUGUCUGUUUAUUUAAAAGCAUAUUACCUAAGAGAAGGGCUGUAGUAGAGCCUGUGCCGCCUUCUCGCUCUUGUUUUAUGAUCAGGGUGGAAUGUGCCUCCUGAUGUAAUGAGCUCAUUUGAUUUCCAUUUUAAGGUGGUGUUUGUGCAGCUGUUGUCCUGGUUCUGGCUGUUUUUAUCUGGAGGGAAGCCUGCUAGACAAGGCUGAACUCUGGGACACGCAAAUGCACUAACCAGCAAAAGCCUCUCCCUAACCAUGUGCCCUGUCAGUUGGGUAACAGCCAUACAUAUUGGACUGGGUCCCCUCCUGCUGUUCUCCCUGCUCUCACCCUAAGGCUGCAGUGCAGGGGCUCUGGGGUUCCUCCGUGGCAAUAAAAGCUUUCCGUGACA